UGUAUGUGACAAUCAGAGCUAAUUCCAAACCAAAUCUGUAAGCUGGGUAAUUUGUUUUUGUUUUUUUUUUUUUUUGCAGAUUUUUCUGAUCGUAACGGUAUGGUGAAGCUUUUUGUUGGCUCGGUACCAAGGACAGCUACAGAAGAAGAAGUCCGUCCCUUUUUCGAACAACAUGGAAAUGUUCUAGAAGUUGCUUUUAUCAAGGACAAGAGAACAGGACAGCAGCAAGGCUGUUGUUUUGUAAAAUAUGCAACUUCUGAAGAUGCGGAUAGAGCCAUCAGAGCAUUGCACAAUCAGAUAACUCUUCCUGGGGGAACUGGCCUUGUUCAAGUUCGAUAUGCUGACGGGGAGAGAGAACGCAUUGGUGCGCUAGAGUUUAAGCUUUUUGUUGGUUCCCUAAACAAGCAAGCCACUGAAAACGAGGUUGAGGAGAUAUUUUUGCAAUUUGGUCGCGUGGAGGAUGUAUAUCUUAUGCGUGAUGAAUAUAGACAGAGUCGUGGAUGCGGGUUUGUUAAAUAUUCAAGCAAAGAGACGGCUAUGGCAGCUAUCGAUGGUCUCAAUGGAACUUAUACCAUGAGAGGUUGCAAUCAGCCGUUGAUUGUUCGGUUUGCUGAUCCAAAGAGGCCUAAACCGGGCGAGUCAAGGGACGUGGCACAUCCUGUUGGACUUGCUUCAGGGCCUCGUUUUCAAGCUUCAGGACCAAGGCCUACAUCUAACCUUGGUGGCCUUAGUGGGGAUAUUAGCCACACAAAUCCUUGGCGUCCUAUGGAUUCACCAAAUGGGCCACCUGGUAACACUGCAAUCCGUGGUAUCGGAAGUGACUUGUCUCCUAGGCCAAGUCAAGCCACAUUGCCUUCAAGUCAGGGAGGUCCAUUGGGUGGUUAUGUUGUUCCUCCCAUUAAUCCUCUACCAGUUUCAUCCUCUGCCACAUCGCAACAGCAAAACCGGGGAGCUGGCCAGCAUAUUUCACAAUUACAAAAACCUCUUCAGAGUCCACAGGAUGUCUCCCUUCGACCACAAACUAAUUUCCCUGGGGCCCAAGCAUCCUUGCAGAAUCCUUAUGGUUAUAGCAGCCAGUUGCCUACCUCUCAGUUGCGGCCACAGCAAAACGCCACUCCUGCAACAGCUCCUCAAGGUCCUUUGAACAUCAACCUACGGCCAACACCUGUAUCUUCUGCAACUGAUCAAGUUCGCCCUCGUGCUCAGCAGCCACCGCCACAAAAGAUGCAACAUCCUCCUUCUGAGCUAGUUCAGCUCUUGUCACAACAGACUCAGACUCUACAAGCAACCUUCCAAUCAUCUCAGCAAGCAUUUUCUCAACUGCAGCAGCAGGUGCAGUCCAUGCAGCAACCAAACCAAAAUCUACCAGGCUCACAGACUGGCCAUGGUAAACAACAGUGGGCUGGAUCUGCAAUUCCGACAGUUGUUAGCACCACUGCUUCUACACCAGUUAGCUAUAUGCAAACAGCUGCACCUGCAGCAACUCAGAGUGUUGUUUCUGGCAAAUGUAACUGGACCGAGCAUACCUCGCCUGAUGGAUUUAAGUAUUAUUACAACGGUCAAACCGGUGAAAGCAAGUGGGAAAAACCUGAGGAAAUGGUAGUGUUCGAGCGACAGCAACAGAAGCCAACUGUACAGCAGCCUCAGACCCAAUCACAGCAGGCUCUUUAUUCCCAGCCGAUGCAGCAACAACCACAACAGGUUUACCAGCAAUAUCAGGGCCAACAGUUACAGCAGCCUAUUUAUUCUUCAGUGUAUCCAACUCCAGGGGUCAGCCAGAAUGCUCAGUAUCCGCCAUUGGGAGUUAGUCAAAAUAGCCAGGAAUUUGGCCGGACACAUACACCAGUGGGGGCUGCUUCCAUCAAUGAUCCGUCACGAACUCAACAGAGCCGCUAAUUACACACACACCCAAGAACUCUGCAUGUGGAAGAAUAAAGCUUCAGGUACAUGAAUGGAGGAGCUGAAAACUUUCAUGGAGGAGCUGAAACAUUUCAGUAACAAGACAUAGAAAGGAGUCAAGCAGAGGAAAAGCAGCAACGGCAGUGUUCUUGGUCUCUGAGUUUUAGUUUACCCUUUGCACUUCAUGUAUAAAUUAGAUAGGCGAUUCGCUGACCCUCUGAAUUUCUGUCUGUUCUCUAAUCAGUGAUUUCUUCUUUUUCAUUCCUAGAGGCUAGAGCUGACAAACAAUCCGUCUGUUGUAACAUAGUUAGCUCAUGUCUCAUGUUUGUGUUAGUAGUAUAUUCAACUGGUAAAACAAAACUUUGAGUAUUAUGAAUAUAAAUGUAGUAUCAUCUUUAAACCAAUAA